AUGUUAUCAGUUAGAGGAUUCAUUAUAUUAUUAUCAAUUCCAUUAAAAUUACUUUUAGUACUUAUUAAGUAUCCAUUCUUUGGUGGUUUAAAUGAAAAAUUUAAAAAUGAUUUGAAGAAUUCAUUAAAAUUGAUGCUUUGUAGAACUGCAUUAAGUAUGCCAGUUCUUGAUUCAUCUAUAUUAUCUAUCCUAUCCAACUAUUUUCUACUUAAUAAAUUAUUAAAAUCAUUAUAUCCAAAUUUAAUUAAACCAUUGGCAAAUUAUGGUAAAUCUUACGAUAAACAAAGUUAUUGGAUUGUUAAACCAGAAACUAGAAAAUCAUCAGAUCCAAUUUUGAUUUAUUUACAUGGUGGUGGAUAUUAUUUUGAAACUAUGCCAAGUCAAUUAGAAUCAUUAUUAUCAAUUUACUAUUUAUUAGAUACUAAAAAGAAGCAAAAUUCUAAUCUUUCCAUCUUAUUACUCGAUUAUAAAUUAGCAAGCAGAGGAUAUAAAAUGACUACUCAAUUACAUGAAUUAUUAGAGACUUAUACAAGUUUAGUCAAGGAAGGAAAUGAUAAUUUCAUUUUCAUGGGAGAUUCAGCAGGUGGGAACUUAAGUCUUAUAUUCAUUCAAUAUUUGAAACAACAUAAUUUGGAACUUCCUUAUCCUAAACAUUUAAUUUUAAUUUCUCCAUGGGUUAAAAUUCAUCCUGAUAAAAAACAAGGAAAUACUCCAGGUUAUUCCUAUCAUGAUAAUUCUCCUCGUGAUAUGAUUCAAUAUCAUUUAAUGGAACAAGAAGAUAGACAACAACAAAUAAUGGGUGAAAAAACAUGGCAAAGUUUAAUCGUAAGUCCUGGAAAUUAUUUACCUUAUAAAUUUGAAGAUUGGGAAAAAAUACCUACAUUCAAGAACAAAGAUUCUUCUGUGUUUGUUAUAUUAGGUGAACAUGAAGUAUUCAGGGAUGAUAUUUUAGAUUGGUGUCAAUGGGCUUUAAAAUGUCCGUUAAGAAAAAGUGAUAGAGAUUCAGGUGGGAAAUUCGAUAAGGAAAUACAUGAGUAUAAAGGUAAUUUAUCUGGUUGUGAAGUUGAAGUUGUAGUUGAACCUUGGGGUGUUCAUGAUAGUUCAUUGUUUUUUGAAAAUCAUAUAAUUGGUAAAAUUAGAAAAUAUCCAAAUAUAAAUAUUAAUAGUUUAAACCAAGAGGAAUUUUUUGGAGUUAUAAAAAUAUCUCAAUUUUUAAAUAGAUGUUUAGAUUAA